CAGAAUGUGGUUUAUCACGGUACAAACCUAACAAAAGUAAGGAGAUUAGGAAACUUAUUCCUCAGAAAGUGCUAUGGUACUUACCUUUGAUUUCGCGGCUGAAGCGAUUAUAUCGAAGUGCAGAACACUCUAAGAACUUAAUAUGGCACGAGACUGGACGAGUGAAAGAUGGUAAACUCCGGCAUCCUGCAGAUUCACAGGCCUGGAAGAAGGUAGAUUAUAUCAAUCCAGAAUUCAAAAAUGAACCAAGACAUCUUCGUCUUGGUUUAGCUGCUGAUGGAGUAAGCCCGCAUAGAUCUCUUAGUAGUAGGCAUAGUUCAUGGCCUGUCUUCCUGGUUAUGUACAAUCUUCCUCCUUGGUUGGUGAUGAAAAGGAAGUUCAUGAUGCUUUCAUUAAUGAUUUCAGGCCCAAAACAACCAGGACAUGAUAUCGAUGUUUACUUGGCACCAUUAAUUGAUGAUUUGAAAGAGUUGUAUGAAAAUGGUGUUGAGGCAUAUGAUGGUUUUAAAAAAGAAGUGUUUAAUUUGAAAGCGGUGUUGUUAUGGACUGUUAAUGAUUUUCCAGCAUAUGGUAACCUAUCAGGUUUAAGCACAAAAGGUUACCAAGCUUGUCCAAUUUGUUGCACCAACACAAGGGCCCGUCGCUUGUCAAAUGGACGCAAAAUGUGUUAUAUGGGUCAUAGACGAUAUUUACAUUUAAGUCAUCCUGACAGAAAUAAAAAAAAAACAUUUGACGGUACUGUGGAACAAGACAUUGCUCCUUUGCCAUUGUCAGGUGAGCAAAUUCUUAAGGAAGUAGAAAAAGUUGACUUUAGGUAUGGGAAGAAGAAUAAAAACAAAAAAGUCAAUGGAUGUUUUCAAAGAAAAUCAAUUUUUUUUCAACUUCCUUACUGGAAAGAUUUACUCGUUAGACAUUGCUUGGAUGUCAUGCACAUAGAAAAAAAUGUAUGUGAAAGUAUAAUCGGUACAUUACUUGAUAUCCCAGGUAAAACCAAAGAUGGUUUGUCUAGUCGUUUAGAUCUUGUUGAAAUGGGUAUAAGACACCGCUUGGCACCUGAAGAAAAAGGGGCUCGCACAUAUUUUCCUCCUGCUUGUUUUACAUUGUCUAAAGAAGAGAAGCAAGCCGUAUGUCAAUCAUUGGCAGGGAUGAAAGUGCUUGAUGGUUACUCAUCCAAUGUUCGAAACUUGGUGUCUAUGGAAGAUUUGAAGUUAAUUGGAAUGAAAUCACAUGAUUGUCAUAUAUUAAUGCAACAAUUACUUCCAAUUGCCAUUCGGUCAAUUUUACCAAAAAGAGUUAGAGAUAGUGUGACAAGUGUGUGCAUCUUCUUUAAUCAACUAUGCGGAAAAGAAUUGGAAAUGAAGAAGUUGAAUGCAUUGCAUGAUGAAAUAGUUGAAACUUUAUGCAAGCUUGAAAAAUAUUUUCCACCAUCAUUUUUUGACAUCAUGAUACAUUUGAUGGUCCAUUUAGUAAGAGAAGCCAAGUUGUGUGGGCCAGUUUGGGCGGGAUGGAUGUAUCCAUUUGAAAGGAAUAUGAAGGUGUUGAAAGGAUAUGUACGUAAUCACCAUCGCCCUGAAGCUUGUAUGGUUGAGUGCUAUUUAGCAGAAGAAGCUGUGGAAUUUUGUUCAGAGUACAUGGUUGGAAUCGACACAAUCGGAAUUAGCAAACCACGGAAUAACUCGGAUGGAGUUGAUAGAGGAUUACAAGGGAAAGGAACAGUAGUGACCAUAUCUCGUGCAGAAUUAGAUCAAGCUCAUUUAGUUGUGUUGGAAAACAAUCCCGAAGUUCAACCAUAUAUAACGUAAGUUAUAGAUUUAAUAAACAUUAUGCUCAUUUUUAUGUAUAAUUGAAAUUUUAAUAUGUUGUACUUUGUAUUGUAGUGAGCACAUGGAGUUAUUACAAUCAAUGAUUCCCAACAAGGUUAAAAAUAAACAGAAAUGGAUUAUAGAUGAGCAUAAUAAAACAUUAAAAAUAUUAUUCUAGCAAGGUUGGGAGAAGAAAACCAUGGAGUGUCGACAGAGUUAAAACGCAUAUCAUUUGGACCAAGUGUUCAUGUAAUAAAGCACAAUGCUUACAUUGUUGGAGGAAAAAGAUUUCACACAAAGUCACGAGAUGAUGCUCGAAUGGUUCAAAAUAGUGGAGUAAGUAUUGUGGCAGAAGCAGUGCAUUUCGCUAGUGCAAAAGACAAUAAUCCAGUUGCUGGUACUAUGGCAUAUUAUGGGGUUGUUGAAGAAAUAUGGGAGCUUGAUUAUUCCUUAUUUCAAAUUCCUCUGCUCAAGUGUUCUUGGGUGGACAACAAUGUUGGGGUUAGAAUUGAUGAACUUGGAUUCACUUUGGUUGAUUUAAGUAAGAAAGGUCACAAGAAUGAUCCUUUCAUCAUGGCUACCCAAGCAAAACAAGUGUUUUACAUAACUGAUCCUGCUGAUGAUAAAUGGUCAGUUGUUUUACGAACCCCGGAAAGGCAGUUUAUAGAAGAUGAAAAUGACGAAGAAAACGAUGAUUUGUUUCAUGACAAUUUUAUUGUUGGACAACCAAUACAUGAGCAAGUUGAGAAAAUCCAUGAUUUCCAUGAAGAUGAUGAUGAUGGGGAAUACAUUAGAAAUGAUAUUAGAGACGGAAUAUGGGUAGAUUGUGGAUCAACCAAGAAAAGAAAAAAGAAAAGAAAAUGUGUCCAAUGACAAUUUCUGAAGGGGAGAACACACCAAAUAGGCGAGACCCAACAAAGAAGAACAAUAUCAAUAAUCAAAAAGCUAAGGGAAUAAAGAGAAAUAUUCAGUUUAAUGAUAAAGGUCAACCUAUAGGGAAAGCAUAUAAUGAGAUGCAAUCGUACCUUGGAGUUAAAACUAGGAGAACGGUCUCUCUCAAUUAUAAGGAUUGGAGACAAGUCCCACAAGAAUUGAAGAAUAGAAUAUGGGAGGAUGUAUAUGGUGCCUUUAACAUUCCAGAAAAUUGGAAACCAGAAUUAAUGAAAAGUGCGGGAAUAAUGAUGAGAGAUUUUAAGACCAACAUCACUAGUGACUAAAUCUACCCUUUGGCAGAAGACGGUCUGAUAGAUGAACUCCAAAUCCUUCCUAAGAAAUAUCCAGAACUUGACCUAGAAGAUUGGAGGACAUUUGUUAGCCACCGUUUAUCUCCUGAGUUUAUGGCUUUGCGGGAAGCACAACGUGAAAGAGCUCUCAAAUAUACUUCGAGGCAUCGUACAUCUCGUAGAGGGCUUGCCAAUGUUAGAGAGGACCUGAAAACUAAACUAGGUGUGGCAGAUGUAGAACGGUACCAAGUUUGGAUAAGAGCACGAGAAAAGAGGAAGGUUCUUGUCACAGAUUUGGACAAACAAAUUGAAGCAAGAAUUAAUGAGCUGAAAGAAAAAGUUUGUAGUGGAGAAAUCAUUGCAAAGGGUCGGAAUGACAUAUUAACGCAAGCUUUAGGGACACCUGAGCACCCAGGGCGCGUUAGAGCACUUGGGUCGUUUGCGAAGAUUUCGUCCGUCUUUGGAAGAAAACCAAAAAUAACAACAGAAAUGGCUAAUGCUGUUAGUAAGAAAGAUGCAGAAAUUGCGAGGCUCAGAGCAGAACUUAAAGCUUUAGAGGAGGAAAAAGCUAAACAAGCAGGUGGGAUAGAUGAUAUGGAUGAACACGAUAAUGAUGACGAGCAGAGCGACGAAGAAUACCACACACCAUACAUGUAG